GAGCAGAGCGCCUGGCGGCGGUGUCCGACCGGGAGCGCGGAGAGCGGCCGGGCAGGUGGGGCGCCUCCCGAAGGGCUGAGCAGGAAGCUGGGGCUGCAGGCGCCGACGCCGCGCUCCCGGGCGCCCGCCCCAUACCCCGCGGCGCGCGUCUGGCCGAGCGGGCGGCGGGUGCGCCGGGACCACCCGGCGAUGCUGCCGCUGCCGCCGCCGCCUCUGUAGGAAGCGCCCGAGCCCGCUGCGGAGGGAGGCUGAACACAGCUCACGCUCAAUUGUGCUUCCUGCUUCUCAGCCUCUUGCCUCCCAAACGCGUACCAUUUUCACUUGAUGUCAUCACGCAGAAGGGGGUGAAAGGGACUCGGUGACAGAUUCAGAAAUGAACACACCUGAGUAUGCUCGCUGCCUCUGAGCUCCCCCACCACCUCACGACUUUGGAAAGACUCGAAGAAGGAAGGUGCCGGAGUGGUGGACUCAGAACAAUCUCCUUCCCCUUGGCCUUGACCUUUCUGCUCACGGUCCACGAUGGAGACGCUCUCCCAAGAUUCUUUGCUGGAAUGUCAGAUCUGUUUCAAUUAUUACAGCCCCCGGCGAAGGCCCAAGUUGCUGGAUUGCAAACACACCUGCUGCUCGGUGUGCCUCCAGCAGAUGAGGACGAGCCAGAAGGAUGUGAGGUGCCCCUGGUGCCGGGGCAUCACCAAGCUGCCGCCGGGCUUCUCCGUGUCGCAGCUCCCUGAUGACCCCGAGGUCCUUGCUGUCAUUGCCAUCCCACACACUUCCGAGCACACCCCAGUCUUCAUCAAACUUCCCAGCAAUGGGUGCUACAUGCUGCCCCUGCCCAUCUCCAAGGAGCGAGCGCUGCUGCCCGGAGACAUGGGCUGCCGCCUGCUGCCUGGGAGCCAGCAGAAGUCUGUCACCGUGGUGACCAUCCCUGCUGAACAGCAGCCUCUGCAAGGCGGAGCUCCCCAGGAGGCGGUGGAGGAGGAGCAAGACAGGCGGGGUGUGGUGAAAAGCUCCACCUGGUCUGGGGUGUGCACUGUGAUCUUGGUGGCCUGCGUCCUGGUCUUCCUUCUCGGCAUCGUGCUGCACAACAUGUCUUGCAUUUCUAAGCGCUUCACUGUGAUAUCCUGUGGCUGAAGAGGGCUGCGGGGAGUCUCUUGUGGGUGCCAACUAGGGGUUGAGCGGGUGUUGGUGAUGGGGUCGUGGUGAGGAGAUGGGGGGCGACGCUGAUCAUUUGGUGCCGAGCGCUGGCCUCUGGGUUGCCAUCUGAUUACCCGAAGACUGACACGAGGGGCAGAGUGUGAGCUCUCAACAAGAUACCAGCAAGAUCGCUCUGGGUAUUGAUGGCAACAGCUUUGAAGACGAUUGCAUGUAUCCUCAUAAUCAUUUAUUAAAUGGACUGUAAUUUAUGAUUUUUCAAAAUCAUAUGACAAGAUAGACAUAUUCUACUUAGAUGUUAAAUUGUGCCAGUGCGUACAAUGUGAUCUUCUCUAAAUGUGGUAGAUUAAAACAAAGAUGCUAUGUAUACGAGUAGAAUUAAACCUGAGAAUCUGUGUAAAAUUUCAGCGAUGACAUGCAGUGCUGGUUUCUUUCCUUUUUUUAAAUGAAACCCAGUCUUCAUUUAGUUGCUAAGGCUUUUUUUUUUUACUUUUUGAAUGACACCCAAAUUAAAGUAAGUUAAGUGGACAGUUGUUUUUUGAAGAAAAUAUUUGAACAAGUGUUUCCAGUGUGUUGUGUUUUGUCAUGUACCUUCAUUUUUCUUCCCUUGUAGUUAGAGCUUGCUAUGUGUUUAUUAAACUGAAAGCCCAACAGGGGAGCAAUAAACUGAGUAAUAAUGAGAAAUGCCUAACCCCACGGGAAACUUGUAUGCCAGUUUUUCUCAAGCCAUCUCACAAAAUAAGAAUUUUAAAUGUAAAUAUCGUGUAUUUGUGUGUGUGUGUGUGUGUGUGUGUGUGUGUAAUUUGAUUUACCUCAGGUUUUGAAUCUUUUCAGAAGAAUCCCGAGAGUAAGACUUUGUGGGUGCGAAUGAGUCCAGGGUCUGAAAUGGUGACCACCUCAUGGGCACCGAGACACUCCCAGUGAGCUGUCACAGGUCACUUCCAACACUUGUUCCUCUUCUGUGCAUUCAAGUCCUGUAUUCUAUGAGGCACAGUUAGAGAUUAACAGAAGAGUCUAUCUUGUCUCCCAGUUUUGGGGUAUUGUAAUAGCCAUGAGUGUUGUUAAUGGAGGACAAACCUGGGCUGGCAUUUUAAUAGACAGUCCAUGGUUUUUUGAAACAUAUUUUUGCAUGAGAGUUAAACCAUUUAGAAUUCCAGUUUCCUCUUGUUGGUAUAAGUGAGGAAAUCUCUUGUAUUUCAAAAUAUGUUUUUAUUGAGAAAAGUGGAAAAGUAAACUAACAACUUACAUUCCUAAUUUAAGUGGACCAGUUCAUCAUAAAUUCUCAAAUAUUCUUAAAUGUGUAAUGGUCUGUAAAUGCUCAGGAAAAAAGAUCUGCUGGUAUCAAAUGAUAAAUUCCUAUGCCGAGAUGUGUGUGCAUUCAGAGAUAGCUGUGAGCUUUACAGUUCUCUUCUAAUUUCUUUUUAUGGAAUUCAUGAAGCAAGUGAUAUGUAACCAGGACUCCUCUCGUAAAUAUAUCUGUUUAUGUUCCACUGAAUCCAUGAAAAUAGGGGAAGGGAAAGAUGAGCAUGACAGUUCCAAAAAGCAAGGCUAGAAGUAGCCCUGUAACAUUGAGAUAAUUUAAUUUACUUAUAUGCUAACUAUUACCUUUGAGCAGCACAAAAUAUGCACAUUAAAGUGAUGGAAUUUGAGAUAAAAUGACAAUGUAAUGACUAGAAUUCAAAGCUAACACUGUUCUUUGGUGUGAGGAUUCAAUAUAAAAAUAUGAACUCAGAUUUUUCAGAUCUUUCAAAUUUGUCAUAAGACCUUUAGGAAAUGUAUUUGAAAGCUCAAAGUAGAAAUUAGGUUAAAAUGCCAUUUUAUUGUGUAAGCUAUUGGGCAUUAUACAAUGAAUAAUCUAGGAUUUAUUUGGUAUUAAUAAUUUAGGUAUCAUAUUAGCUGAAUACUAUCCUCUAUUACGUAACAUAGUAUACUCUUGGGUUAGUGUCAAUUUCUCAGACUCUCCAGGCUGCCCUAAUGCAUGUCUGACCUAAUUUCUAUUCCUCUUGGGAAAAAAAACCCACAGAAAUGUUGCAUUAAGAAUGCUACAUUUCAGAUGGACUUUAGCGUUGCAAUUUUAAGCCAUGCCAUAUUCAAAUUAGUUUUGUGAAUGAUAUCUACAUACAUUUAUGUACAGUAUGAAAUGACUGGCUCUGUAGUGUAGUAUGUGGUAGAGUUCUACAUGUUAAGUAGGUUACAUAUAGACACUAAUGUGUGUGAUGAUAUAGCACCUGUGUUUCUUAGUGCACAGCUGUAGGGUAACAAUGUCCAUGUAACUUUUACUUCAAAAGAGUCCCAUGCUAGAGCUGUGAUUAAGCAGUGCAAAAUUAAUCGGCUCUAUGAUAGAUUCUUGACUUUAUAAUUUAA